UGCGCACUGAACAUGCUAAAUAAGUAUGGUUAAUUGAGAUAUUUAUUGACUCAUGAAUAUGUUACAAUGAUUGAACUUUGAUGUUAUCUAUGUGCUAAUACUCGUUUAGUAGCCCUGCCCAGCAGCUGACCUAGCUCAGCCGCUGAACAGGUAAUACAGGUGAGACCGCGCUGUACAGAUUUUACCCGCAUAGGCUACACACGGUCGUCGUCGACAGAAAGCUAAACAGCCACCACAAACCUCUUCAGUAUCAGGAGGGUAUAACCUUUCCAGAUCUAUUUUGAACGGAACAUCGCAUUUGAACAAGAACAGAAGAGUAACGAUAAGUAAUAUAUCCUACUGUGAAAUAGAUGUCUGCCCCCCUCGGUCCAGACAUGCCUGUGCCAGUACCUAAACCACGGACUCGCUACAAGCGGGCUGGAGGGAGCCCACAGAUCCAGCUCUCUUCUGAUCGGGAUUUGAUACACGAUACACCUGACACAGGAAUUCAUAGCAGAGGUAUUCCACCCGCAAAUGAUUUGCUGGCAGAAAAGGAAGAAAACCCUGCCAUUAUCUUAAAUAAGCCUGCCAUUACCAGCCCAGCGGAGCAGAAUCCAAGCCAGUGUAACUUCCUUCUCUUCAGAUCUGAUUCUGGAGUGACUCCAUCUUACCCAGUACUGGACAGUAAUGGACUCUGUCCAUCUGUCUGGUUGUCCUUCUCUCCACACAGUCCGGCUGCGGAUACUGACCCCUACGUCAGUCCUCCGGCUGCAGAUACUGACCCCUACAUCAGUCCGGCUGAGGAUACUGACCCCUACAUCAGUCCGGCUGCGGAUACUGACCCAUACGUCAGUCCGGCUGUGGAUACUGACCCCUACAUCAGUCCGGCUGCGGAUACUGACCCCUACAUCAGUCCGGCUGUGGAUACUGACCCCUACGUCAGUCCGGCUGCGGAUACUGACCCCUACAUCAGUCCGGCUGUGGAUACUGACCCCUACGUCAGUCCGGCUGCGGAUACUGACCCCUACAUCAGUCCGGCUGUGGAUACUGACCCCUACAUCAGUCCGGCUGUGGAUACUGACCCCUACGUCAGUCCGGCUGUGGAUACUGACCCCUACAUCACUGACGUAGCUGACUGGGAAAAAUGCCCUGGAUCUGGAUCUGAAUCGUCCAAUGAUGACGAUGCCGUUACUGAAGAAAUAAAGAACCCAUCCCACAUGAACAAUGUGGCGUCAGGGCAUGUUUGUAUUGGUGUUGUCCCCAGCGGGAAACCUCCUGUGGAAAAGGAGUCUAUGCAGACCAGACCUCUCAAACAGAAGAUCCCACGUGCGGCCACCAUCCGUGUCAGUAGGAGAAAACAGGCAGCAGUGAGCGGUGGUGCUACCCAGGCAGCAGAGUCCUCUCGUAGGGAGAAUGUGGUGUCCCGAUCCAGCUGGCUGGAUGUAUGGAAGGGCCGCAGGCACAAUGUUCUGUGGGCCACCCUGGAUGGACCGUUGGUAUCAUUUUGGAAGAAACGCACAGACAAGUUCACAGACCUAGUGUUCCAUGUGUCAAGCAUCACCAACGUCUGCAAGCAGGACAAAGGACGCUUCUCCCUUUACUUCUGCAAGAAGCACUUUGAGUUCAUGGCGCACAACAAAGCGGUGCAGGAGGGCUGGGUGACGUCCCUCCUGGCCUCUCGUGGAUGGGACCCCCCAGCCCCUCCGGAGCAGCACGGAGCCCUGACCAUGAAGGACCCUCGCAGCAACAGAGUGUACGCGGCCAUCUGUGGACACAACCUAUGGAUCUACAACAACAAAGAGGACUUCCAGUUGGGGGUUGGGCUGACCUAUGUGUCCAUGAACGUGGCGUCAGUGAAGCAGACUGGCCGUCAUAACUUCAGCCUCAUCACACCGUACAAAACCUUCAAUUUCUCCACAGACUCAUCGAGGGAGCUGGCGGUGUGGCUGGGGAGUCUGAACCAGGUGAUCCUCAGUGCCCUGUCAUGCAGCGAGGUGGCCCACCGACUCUGGGCCAGCCCAUGGAACAAAGUGUGUGCCGACUGUGGCAGUGCCAACCCCGAGUGGGCCUCAGUUAACCUGCUGGUGGUCGUCUGUGAGGCCUGUGCAGGUCAGCAUCGCUCUUUGGGCAUCCAUGUCUCCAAAGUGAGAAGCCUGAAGUUGGACAGUAAAGUGUGGACUGAACCUUUGAUUCUGCUAUUUGUCUAUUAUGGGAACAAAGCAGCCAAUGAUGUAUGGGGUCACAAUGUGCCGGGUGCAGAGCAGAUCCUGCCAGACUCCUCUGUGGAUCAGAGGGGGGACUUCAUCAGGGCCAAGUACACCAAGGGCCGAUACAGAUUCACCCAUCCUCUAGCCUCCAGCCAGAGACUGCUCAACCAGAGGCUGUGUGAGGUGGUGUGUGGCCCUAAUGUCCCAGAGACCAUGUCAUUGCUGUGCUCCGGGGCCCGGGUCCUGUGCCACUCAGGGGACUCUCAGUGCCCCACGCCCAUCUCCCUGGCAGAGCGGGCUGGACAGGCCAUGCAGACGGAGCUGCUCAGACACAACGAAUACACAGAUGCCCCUGCCUAUGUUCAUCAGGUCACAGGGUCUCUGCUGGGAACCUCCGACCCUCCUUCUGCUGCAGGAGAGGAGGAGCUCCAUGGGAAGUUGGAGGAGGACCGCUUCCUGUUCUCCCAGGAGAAUGACUCUGCAGCCUGUGAUGUUCUGGACCUGAGGGAGGUCAUCUCCAUUUUCCACAGAUCCAACGGAUCGACUCAUGAGUUUGAAAUGGUGACUCUGACGGACGAGUUGGUGUGCAAUGCUGACACUGAAGAGGGUCUACUGAAUCACCUGCUUCAUAUUCUCAGGGUGGUGUUGCCCGGGCCCAUAGAUGAGGAGGAGCUGGAUGGGGUGUUUGCUGUGUCCCGGGUGUCUCUGAGGGAGGGAGGAGGCCUGCAGCACACUGAGGUCUGGGCAGUGCUCCGUGGAGGUCAGGUCCUCGUCUAUCCUACUGACCAACAGCGCCACAGAGAGAGGCUAACACUCAACCCUGAGACUCAAUACAAGAUAGAUUCCUCUGAGAACACCAUAGAGCUGGUCACUGGAGAGAGAACCAUGUCCAUGCAGUUUGAACGAGACCACAGCUGUCAGUCCUGGCACAGCCUACUGAAACGGGCAGUGACCACAAAGAGGAAGCAGCGCCCAUCACUGUACGAGCUGCCACCCAACGCCAUCGGCAAUGUGCCCCCUGCCAUUGAGAGGUGUAUCUCACACAUCACACAAUAUGGCCUGAAGGUGGAUGGGCUGUACCGGCGCUGUGGCUUGGCCACGAAGGUCAGCAGUCUGGUGGAAGCCCUCAGCAGAUCACCUAAAACUGCCCCUCUGGAGAAAGAUGAACAGGGUCUCCUGGACGCUGCAGGGGCCCUGAAGCAGUAUGUCCGCCAGCAGGUGGUGCUCAUCCCUCAGACACAAAGGGAACUGUGGGUCAAGGCUGCAGCCCACACAGAAGAGAACCUUAGACUGGCUACCUACCGCAGACUCCUGAAGAAGCUGCCCCCUGACAACAGAAUCACACUCAACGCCCUGUGUGGACACUUCUACAUAGUUCAGCUGUACAGUGUAGAGAACCGUAUGACAGCUCAGAACCUGGCGCUGGUGUUUGUCCCAACACUGUUCCAGGAGCUGGCCAUGAACACAAACAUGGUGCGCCUCACCAGAGAACUCAUCAUACACCACACACUCAUCUUCCUGGGUAAAGAACAAGAGUCUGACAUGGAGAGUGAAGAACUCAUAACAAAGUUAUAGAAAAACACAUGUAUAUAUUUGGCUUUGGCUGUCAAAGAAAGCUUCUAUGGGAAAGAUAUAUUUGGUUACAUAGUGCCCCUAGUUACAUAGUGUAGUUUUCACAACUUCUUUGAACUACACAUUUAGGCCAUGGACUGGAUUAAACUUGUUUUUUCUGCUAUAUUCAUUUGGGGAUUAUUGUAAUUUAGGUGAUGGUAAAAUAAUAACAAACCAAGCUCAAAUUGUAUGUUAGUGCCUGAGGAGCAAAAGCAAACUGACCAGAAUAGUACGCAGUCAGCAAAGUAAUUGGUCGACCACAGGCACACUUGAGCAUUCUAUUCCACAAGGCAACCAAACAGAAGACACUGGCUGUCGUUGGCGACCCCUCCCACCCUCUACACCCUCAGGUGGCGACCCCUCCCACCCUCUACACCCUCAGGUGGCUACCCCUCCCACCCUCAGUUCAAGAGGCUUCCCUCUGGCCGGCUCUUCAGAAUGCCCAUGGCCAAGAAGAACAUGUUCAAACAUUCAUUCCUUCCUUGUGCUGUUGGACUACUAAAUAUAAAAUUAAAGGUAUCGGAAUAUGUACUUAUCUAUCUAUAAGUACAGUGGUCAUUUGAGUGAAUGUAUUAAUGUCCUCAAUGUUGUUAGUGUUUGCAACAUGAUGGACUGACUGGUUUAAAUGUGUAUGUGAGAAUGUAUGUGAUUAUUUUAAUGGAAAGUGAUGCCAAAUAAAAAUGUCAGUUUUA